AUGCCUACCACCAGACGAUCAGCAGCCGCCAGCGCCCGGGGUCGUCCCGGCCCUGUCAAGGGACAGUCAACAAUCAGCUUCAGCGGCAAGGUCACAAAGGCCGUGCCGAAAGACCUGAAGAAGGCAGCGUCCGACUCUACGAUUGCUAGAACGACCAUUCCGGAGAGACCUGCGUCCAAGGGCGAACCCGACGUCAUCGAGGAGCCGGAGGAAGAAGAAGCAGAGCCCGUCGUCGAACAGCAAAUUCCGGACAAGUCGGAGGCAGAGCUGAGAGCGGAGAAGAUUACAGACGCGCAGGUCAAGUCGUACUGGAGAGCGAUUGAGAAGCAGCGCAAGGCGCCUCGAGUGCACCAGGGAGACCUUGAUUUGGCCGAGAAGGUGCUGAGGUACUUUGAUGUGAGCUCGCAGUAUGGGCCUUGCAUAGGAAUUACUCGCGAGAAGCGGUGGCACCGUGCUGAGCGGUUGGGUCUGAACCCUCCGAUUGAAGUCCUUGCCGUCCUUUUGAAGGAGGAGAAUAAGAAUAAUGACGAGAUUGAGACUGCGCACAUUGAUCGGAUAAUGAAUGCCACGGCUGCGUUACCAUGAGACA